AGGUCAUUUGGAUUCAUUACAAGUGCUGUGGAAGAACCUGACAAACCGGUUUCAGGCUGCAUCUGGACGUAUAAAGGUGUUCCCACCAACUAGAAACUACGAAAAGGGCUCAAGCACUCAUCAAGGUGGAAACUCAACCACCAGCACGGCUCGCCUGAUUUACGGGACAGCCAAUCCCGGUUGCAGCAUUACAGACAAGGAGACUUUUCCUUAAGCCGAUCAGCCACGAAUAAAAGCAGGGCACUCACAGAAGAGAAACAAACAAUCAAGAAACUCGGAUCUUCGCUUUCAUUUCUGGAGGAAGAAAAGAGGAAAACAGCUCUCGUUAAGAUGAUGAUGAUGCAGCAGCUCACAGAAACCCCCAACCAGAAAAACUCCCUCUUCAACGCCAUGAACCGCUUCAUUGGCGCCGUCAACAACAUGGACCAGACCGUCAUGGUGCCCAGCCUGCUGCGGGACGUCCCGCUGGAAGAGGACAGGGAGAUGAGCUCCCUGAAAUCGGAUGAGGACGAGGGGGACAUGUACAGCUACUACCAGCUGCUCAAGUCCAUCCGCAGGGACAUCGAGUGGGGGGUAAGGUGCGCUGCGGCCGAUGAGAGGCGCAAGGAGAGCAUGAAGUUCACUCGCAUGAACUCGUCCGCGUCCACCUCUUCCUCCGCAUCAUCAUCAUCAUCAUUAUCAUCAUCCGACGACGACGAAGAGGACGAAGAUCUGCAGAAGCAGUUCCAGUACCACCUGACCGGGCUGCAAGGGGUGCUGUCCAAGCUCACCCUACAGGCCAACUGUCUCACCAAGCGUUACAAAAAGGAGGUUGGAAUCGGAGGAUGGGGCCAGUAAGCUCGGAGUCCGCAGAUACUGAAUGCCCAGAUUUGUUUAUUAGACUGGCUGAACGGACUUCUCUCAAAGGGCCUUUUUUGCUGCUACUGUUACUACUGAUGAAAAUUAUGGACACACAUUUGGAUGGUAGAGAAAAGGGCAGCUUAUUUCUCUCUAUAGUCCUACAUGGUGUUGGUCUACUCUGUGGUAUUGACUGUAGAUGUGUUGAUCCUGGAGAUAGCAUUUGUGUACUUAACACCAAACCCAUAUGUUUUGCACUCCACAGUGUUGUACACCUUCAGGCAUUCAGCUCCUGUGAUAUUUUGAUGAGGCAUAUUUAAACCUUUAUUUAAUGUAUAAUUUAUUACCUCUCCCCAAGAGCCAAAUGUUAUUUCAAAGUUGGAGAAGAAGUGGACUGCGUGAACUACAGGACCUGUCAUUUGAACCGCCCCUCUUGAGGGGGAAACUGACAAAAGAUUUAGCUUCCUCUCUGUGAUGCUGAUGAUGCCAGUGUGUUCAGAUGUAUUUGUCUUUGUGUGAAGUCCUCUUUCAAAUCUGACGUGUCUGUGUCGUUAAAUUGUGCUUGCAUGGAAGGAGGCAGCUGGCUACCGCUAGCUGCCUGUGAUCUCCUAAUGUCCUAGAUGGUCAAUGAACCAGAAUCAACUGAUAAUUCAUCUGCAUAGAGAACAAUGAGGGCCUCCACAUGAUGCUUUGUUGUUGUUUUCAUUUAUUUGCUAUUAUCAUGGUAUUAUUGGAGAUGUCCAUCUGUCGAAAUAAGAUAAUGCUUUUGUAUGCAACUUCUGCACCUUUUGUACUGAAAAUUCUUUCUAAAAUAAAACUUUUAUACAAACUUA